CCGAUGCAUUGACGACUCUGCCUAAUUUGGAAGACGCCUGGUCCAAACUGAUUCGUGUAUCGACCUAUUCAUGGAACACACGAUGAAGCUCCUGGCGACAUGGAUAGCUCUGCUGUACCUGGCUCAAUUCAGUGAAGGUGGUCGAUCCUUAUGCAGACCUGGACAGUGUCAAAAUGGAGGAACAUGCCUUAGAGGAAUAUGUAUUUGUCUUUCGGGAUUUGAAGGGUGUUUCUGUGAGAAUUUGGAUUGUUCCAACAGUCCCUGUGUUAAUGGCGGCACUUGCAAUAACGCAAAUGGAUGUGUUUGUCCUGGGGGCCUUUUUGGAACUUUCUGCGAACAAAUAGAUUGUAACAGUGAUAGUGGCAUUAAUCCAUGUCUAAAUGGCGGCACGUGCGAAACUAACGCUGGAGGAAUGGGUUCGUGUGUAUGUGCACCAGAUUUCACCGGACACGUUUGCGACAAAGUCGAUUGUUCCAACAGUCCCUGUGUUAAUGGCGGCACUUGCAAUAACGCAAAUGGAUGUGUUUGUCCUGGGGGCCUUUUUGGAACUUUCUGCGAACAAAUAGAUUGUAACAGUGAUAGUGGCAUUAAUCCAUGUCUAAAUGGCGGCACGUGCGAAACUAACGCUGGAGGAAUGGGUUCGUGUGUAUGUGCACCAGAUUUCACCGGACACGUUUGCGACAAAGUCGAUUGUUCCAACAGUCCCUGUGUUAAUGGCGGCACUUGCAAUAACGCAAAUGGAUGUGUUUGUCCUGGGGGCCUUUUUGGAACUUUCUGCGAACAAAUAGAUUGUAACAGUGAUAGUGGCAUUAAUCCAUGUCUAAAUGGCGGCACGUGCGAAACUAACGGUGGAGGAAUGGGUUCGUGUGUAUGUGCACCAGAUUUCACCGGACACGUUUGCGACAAAGUCGAUUGUUCCAACAAUCCUUGUCUUAAUGGCGGCAGCUGCUAUUCCGGAACCGGCUGUGAUUGUCCUGGGGGCCUUUUUGGAACUUUCUGUGAACAAAUAGAUUGUGGCGGAGAUGAUGGCGAUGAUACCAAUCCUUGUCUUAACGGCGCCACAUGUUUAACUGAUGGUGGAGGAGUCGGUAGGUGUAGCUGUGCUCCAGAUUUCACAGGAGACGUUUGCGACACAGUAGAUUGUACCAACAAUCCUUGUCUUAAUGGCGGCAGCUGCUGUAACGGAACCGGCUGUGUUUGUCCUGGGGGUCUUUCUGGAACUUUCUGUGAACAAAUAGAUUGUAGUGGAAAUCCCUGUCUGAACAGCGGGACGUGCAUAACUGAUGAAGUAGGAAUUGGUUCUUGCUGUUGUGAACCAGGUUUCACCGGAAAUAUUUGUGAAUCUGUAGAUAAUGACGACUCAAGCUCAAGUUCAAGCUCAAGGUCAAGCUCAAGCUCAGGAUCAAGCUCAGGAUCAAGGUCACACUCAAGAGGAUCAGGAGGUAGACGCAAGGGUAGAAGAAGGGGUAGAGCACGUAGGAAAGGAAGAAGAAAUGGCAGAUGAAAACAGGAUAAUCCCAUUCGUCCUGCGAGAACGAUGUUGCUGGUUAAGAGGUGUCAAUGACGCAAACGAGAUAAGAAUUGUAUACCACAGCACUCACCGCAGGAUGGGAACGGUGAUAUAAAACAUCUGGAUUACCUCUACUUCUCUAUGCGACGAAUCUUUAUGAAAUAUUCUAAUACCUUUCAUUGAUAACCAGAAACAUUUAUAUACAAACAAUGUUGGAUUUCUUUACUGUUCUAAGUUUUUAAAAAAAAAGUUACCUUCUUUAUUAGACUAGUUUUGAUAACCAAGAUUUCUCUGAAAUGUGGGAGAACGAUUUGUACCCCAUACCUUCCAAAUGAUUUCAUCUAGUGAAUAAAAUAAAUAUUUCAGUUA